AUGCGGAUGAAACAGACAAAGUACAGAUUCCUUUUUUGUAAAAAUGAGGAAAUGAACGAAUUCCUUACGACUAAUAACAAGGCGGGUUUGUGGAACGAGUUCCUUGUAAUGUUAAAUGAUUAACGAACAAGGAACGGAACGGAUUUUCUUUGAAAAGAAAUGUAUUAUUAUUUUAUUAUUAAUUCUUAUAAUAUCGGAUUUAUCUGCAGAUUGUUUCUCCCAAUAAUAAAGAGUAUUUUUUCCUCUUUAAAUUAUACCGUCAAAAAACGAAUUUUUAAGGAAAGUUGAGUUGUCUGAAUUUUUCACCAGAGUCUCCAAUAACUUAUUAUAAUAUUGUACUUAUACAAUAAUAAUCUUUCAGUAUUCACCAAACGAUUUUAAUUUCAAAGACGUUAUACUGAUAAGUGUACAUCCACAAAAGGAGACAGUGUAUCAAAUGAGCAUAUACCACGAGAAAUUUGUGGUAUUGUCUAAACAACAGGACCAAUGGUUUGGACACGUAAGUAUUUUUUUUCCAAUUCGUAGAUUAGUUGAACGAUGCAAUGUUUCUCUGCUAUUCUCUAUCCGUAGUAACUUCCUUUAAAUUCUUGUAGGAUUCCUUUAUUUUCUCCUAUAUCCAACAUAAAUUAAUUUGUUACAUAAAUGAUUGCCUUAAUCUGCUUCUCUCUGGUGUUCUUUCCAAAAUUUCUUCCAUUAUUGUGGUUAUCUGUAUGUAAUAAAAGACGUAUAUAAAGUUGGAAUUAUAUUAUUAGACUAACUGUUCUACGACUGUCCAAGUUAGGACCGGUAGGUUUCCUACUUGUAUAAAAUAAUAUUAAUUAUUCAUCAUUGAAUUUUAUAGGAUUUAGAAGGAAAAAAAAAUGUAAAAAACUUUCACAAGACUCGUGUUAAAUUGAUAGCGUACAACAAUACGUUAUUUAGUAGUGUAAUCAACAAUAGCGAAACUGGAAAACUAAGUGAGUCGUUUAAAAGAUCGUAGAUACACACAGUUUUAAAAUUAUUAUAAAGAUGUAUUUACUGUAGUGAUGCAAUUUUUUAGACACAUGCGGGGGGUCCUAAAGUUAAAUACAAAUUGGGACCCUCCCUCAGUCCUACCAGUCAACCAAAAGCCAUUUUUCAGGAAAGUCCAUAAUUACUUAUUUAAGAAAAUUAGAAUAAAAAUACAAUAUACAAAUAACAUACACAACUUGUUUUAAUUAUUUACAUUUGAAUAAGUAUUAAGCUAUCUUAUCAAUUAAUUCUACAUAAUAAAGAAACACAAUAUUGUGUUAUAAAAAUAUUAUUUUGAAUAUGUGUAUAGCUAUUAAUUAACUAAUGAUAACUAUAAUGCAAUGGUAUUAUGAUUAAUUUAGCUCUCCCCUAUUAAAAGCACGCCCAUACCCAUGUAUACUGUCUCAGUUUAGUUAACGAACAUAACAAAAUUAGGUGACUUCGAACUAAAUUGUGUCAUGUAAGUUGAAAUAAGAUUUUAAGUACAAACAACACAAUUUAAAGAAGACAAUAUUUUCAAAAGUGUACGUAGCUUUUUUCUAAAUAAUUAUAAUACGUGAUACGUUAGUUUUUGAAUUUUACAUGGCUGUAACUUAUAAUUAUUGAUAAUAUUAUUAGUUUUAAAUUUUUUAUUUGUGUUUAAACUCUAUUAAUUUAACCUAAUUUAUAAAUUCUAAGUAAUGCAAUUUUGGUAUGUUGCCCGUUAGUUAGACUGAGAAAGUAGAUACGAGUGUGACAUCCUCUUAAAUUGUACGUAGAUGUUGAUAAAAAAAUAAAUUAUAAAUUGUGAAAAACAUAAUCAAAUAAUUUUCUAUUGUUUGACUUUCGGACAGGAACUUGAUAUUUUUUAGGCCCCUGAUAUCGGGGAUACCUGCAGUCCCACUUUGCCAACUUACCUGCUAUAGUUAUGCCACUGGUCUACAAUGAAUUUAGUUUUUCUUACAAUAACUUAUAGUUAAUAAAAUAUAGGUUUAGCCAACGGUGUUGAAUGCAGUUUAUUCAAAGAAAUCGCUAAAAGAAUAAACAUUACUUGGGACGUGUAUACUUCCAACGAUGAAGACAAAUGGGGGACGGCGCAUUUAAAUAAUACAGUGACCGGCGGUGCUCUUAAAUGGCUGUUUAUGAAAAGAGCCGAUGUAGCGUUUUGCUCGCUUUGGAUCGAAGACACGAGAUUGAAGUUCAUUGACAUGUCUAGAUUUUGGACGUUGAUGUGUUUAAAAUUUUUGGUGCCUAAACCUCAGCCAUUGCGAGAAAAAUGGGACUUGCUGUUCAAACCCUUUCCGUUGAGUUUGUGGCUAUUAGUUUUAUUCUCAGCAUCGUUGACAAUAAUUACAGUGCGGAUAAUGGCUGACGUCCAAAAACAAAUCGGUUACGAACAAAUUAACGGUUAGUUAUAGUAGUUAUUUAAAUAUAUUAUACAUUGCAUAAUAUAUAAGUCAUCGAUUGCAAUACUUCUAAAAGUUGAUACUGCAGGUCACGGGUAAGUCACUCUUGUAGGUGAGGAGUAGUACUAGUCACGAUUUUUCGCUAUUGUUGGCCAAGGUAACCCAGAAAUCAAUAAAAACUAAAAAAUAAUAACAAAAUAGAUCAGUACUAGUACUGCUCAAAAUAUUGAUAAAUAUUUCAAAUAAAGUAUCAUAAAGUAUUAUAAAUAAAAGUAUUUAAAAUUAUUCAAAAGCUGUUAUUCUGGCUAAACUUUUAAAUUAUUGUGUCUGUUUUAUACCUUUUCCUCGCUAUUUUUUAAUACUUUUAGUGAUUCCUUAUGAACUAAAUGAACACAAACUUGGGAAUUAAAGUUGUUUCAUAUGCGAAUUGAAGAUAUAAAAUGUUGUUGAAUUUCAGUAUAAAUUUCACCAUGUUGUUCCACCGGGAGGGUGUUUAUUUGGCAUUUUACACCCCCUAAGAACCCCAAAAAUGAAUCCAGUGGGAUACAAUUUUGUAUUUGUAUGGUGUAAAAGUAUCAAGGAUGUGCCUUUUAUGGAUUUAAAAUUUUAACCUCUUCCCCAUCACUUUUAUGUUCAAAUUUCUUAUUUUCAUAUAAAAUGUGUGGUUUUAAAUACCCUGCAGACAAAAAUGUAUAAAAAAUCUAGAAGCCAUAACUAUUUUAGAUUAGGAAUAAAAAAUGAAUUUCUGUGACGGUAACAAGCCGACUCUAGUGCCGGAGAUCCGCUGCUCACUGAUAUUUUUUUUGCUCCCCCCCGUUUAAUUUCUAUGACGUUUCACAAUUAUCAUAUUAUUGUAAAAAUAUUAUCUGAUGCUCCAUUUUAUAACACGUUUAAUAUGAUAUUAAAUUAUGAAGCUUUUAAUUCUUGAUCAUUAUUUAAAUAUAAAUUGUCAAAAAGUAUGUACCUACAUAUUACAUGGGCACUGAAAGUUAUUAGAUCUCACAUAAUAUAUUAUAUUAUUACUAUGUCAGUAGCGUAUCUGGAGCUCAAUCAAGGAGGUGGUGAUUUAAAAAUUGUAAUACACCACAAAAUAUCACGAGGGGUAUCCUCGUCCCAAAAAAAAAACAACAGUUUUUUCAAUCAUUUUUUUUUUUAAAACUCCUCUCCUUGACAAUUAAAAAAAUAAUAGUUUAUAGGUAUGAACGAUAAUUAGUCAUAUACAAAAAAAAAAAUAAAUAUUAUAUAAUAUAUAUGUUACAAUCAAAAGCCGAAAUCGGGCAAAUCUCAGAAAUGUGAAAAAUUUAAAUUUAGGGACGUUAUAGUUUUUUGGCCAAAUGAUGUUGGUUAUGAUUGAAAAAUCACAGCUAAAAAAUUCUAAAGAGGGGGCAAUCCACCCAUCGCCCCCCCUCAAAUACGCCACUUUAUAAUAUUUAUAAUAUAUAUAAUAUGAUAUUAAAGAUAAAAAAAUUAAAGAUAUUUAUGAUAUUCGUGAUAUUAAAGUAAUUAAUACAAUACAAUCAUUUUAUUGGUUUUAGAUGAUUAUUGAUUUUUAUUAAUCACUAUGUUAUAAGACACUAAAAUAGUAUAGCUAUGAUCAAAUUUGAUGUUUAACUCCUAUACUUAUCUGAUUAGAUUAUUUUUACAACUUAAAUAUAUUAUAAAACAGAUUUUCCAAUAGCAAUUCAAAUUUCAUUUCUCUAACUGAAUAUAACAUAACCUACAGAAUUAGUGAAAAUGUUUGUUUAAUUAAUUAUUAUUAUUUAUUUUGUUAAUUUAUCCAUUUUUGUUUUGUUUUUUUGUUUUUAGCAUUUACUUCGUUAUCGUCAACGAUUUUUUGGAUUGUCGGAAUGAUGUUAUUAACCAAUAAUCCACGUACCAAUCGAAUGGGACCUAUACGUCAUUUGAUUAAUUGGUGGUGUAUAUUUAUGUUCAUCAUGUCCACGUCGUUUUCCAGUAUUCUUUAUUCGUACAUUACAUCACCCGAGUACACAAAUAUUGUUUUAGAGAUCGAGGAUAUGGUGAAAGCCAAUUACCAUUGGGGCUUAACUUAUCCACCGCCGUUUGAUUUUAUAUUUCAAAUGCAGGUAAAAUUUUUUUUUAUUUUUCAGUAAAAUCGUCCCAUGUUUGCUUCAACCGUUCGGGCUACUAUCUUCAUCAAGGACAGAGUGGGAAUCGAAUGCAGGCCGGAGGUUUAAAUGUAUCCAGGCCACCUAAUAAAAUAGGGCGUCUACCGGUUGCCUUCAAAAGUACCUAUUUUUGUACCAAUUCCCCUCAAACUACCUAGAGCAAAAUGCACCAGUCGCCCUUAACGUAUAUACACAAACACAAUAUUAUACCUGUUUAAAAAUAGGAGAGGUAAACUCUUAAAUAAAAACAUAUAAUAAAUACGAUAUUUUCAAUGAUAAUAACAAUUGGCAUACAUUGUAUUUUGUUAAAAAUGCUAUCGAGCAUCAUUAUUUGUCAUUAUGUAUCAUACAUAAUUUUCUCUGUUGUUUUUAAAGUUAUCAAUUUCGGUAAAAUGCCCUUAUUUAUACUAUAAAGUAUAAACGCGUUAUUUUAUAUAAUGAAAGCAACUGGUACAGGCAUGUACGCAGGGGGGGGGGGUGUUUUAGGUGUUCUAACACCCCCGCGAUAUUUUUGGUGUUUUGUAUGGUUAAUUACUUAAUCCAUUUUAAUGUUAUAUUAUUGUUCUAACUUUUUUCUGCGCAUGUCCGUGAACUGGUACAUUUGGUUUAGAGCAACUGGUAUAUUUAGUUGAGGACAAAAUGAGGCAAAUGGUAUAUUUUUAAAUUUUUUUUAGUUUAGUACAACAAAUAACUUAUAUAUCGCGGUUGUGUCCGUCCGUAUAGUUAUUGAUGACAUUGUUACUGUCAGGGGAAUUUUCUUAUUUCUAGACCGAUCAUUUCAUUCCUGGUCUUAAUUAAUAAUUAUUACACAUAGGAUUAUAGAAAAACAAAUUUUCAUGAUAUUAAUAAGAGAAGAAUUUGCGCAACGUUGUUUUUUUGUUUCGAUUUGUUUUCAUAGAAAAACUUACUAUUUAUUGUCUUAAAAUUUGAAAAUAUAAUUUUCUUCGAACUCGAAAAACUUUUUCCGUAGUACCGAUGUGUUUAUAAAAUAAAAUAAAUACUCUCAAUACUAUUUUGGAUAAAAUACGUGUUUGCUAACAUACACGAAUAUCAUGUUCAGCUCAUAAUAUACAUCUACAAUCAGCUUUUGUUUGUAACUCCGUAGAAUCCUGUCCACCGGGCGUUCAUCGAAAAUUUCGUGCCGGAACGCAACAUAGACGACCGGGUGGAUCGGCUGAAGCGCGGCCAAUACGCCACGCUGGCCAAGUGCCUGUACGAGAAGCACUUCAUGGAGACAGAAAAUGUGCCGGCGGCCAUACUGAACGACUUGCGAACGGCCCGGACCUGCAUGAACCAGCUGUACAUUGGGUUUGGGUUCGUCAAGCACUCGCCGUACGUAAAGUCGGCCAAUCUAGUCAUCCAGCGAAUCUUCGAGGGCGGACUCAUUGAAUAUUGGUUGAGCCGGGUGACUGAAGCUCGCAUGUCGCCGGCCACGUUCAAACAGGUGUACGAGAUAAAACCACACAGGAACGGCGGCAACCGGCCGUCGGCGCUCAGCUAUAAGCAGUUCAAAGUGGUCAUGGUCGUCUGGAUCAUCGGGUGCGUGACGUCAACAAUCGUUUUCGCCGUCGAGUGUCAGUGCACCAGCCGCGACAGAAACUGA